AUGGUAAAUCAACUCAUUACCAACCUUGCCCUUUCUUUCUUAUGUGGUGCUGCCAACUCUGUUCUCAUCAAUUUCCUUAGUUGGGUGUUUAUUUAUAGGAAAGAGAAUGUUCAAAGGCUCAAAAAAUUACAUUCUCAAAAAACUGAGCAGUUAAACGAAUUAAAGGCAGAAUCAAAUGAUGAUGAAGAAACAGAGAAGAAGAAUGCAAAGCGUAUUAAGAAAUUGGAAAUAGAAAUUGGUAAAAUAUCACAAGAUAUCAGCCAAGCAGUCAUGCUUCCAAAAAUGGUUCUCGGCAUUCUUCCAUGGCUCAUUCCAUUUAUGCUCAAAGAUUACUUCAAGAACAAAGUUUGCCUCAAACUUCCUUUUGAAGUUACAUCUUCUCUCAAAUUCUUGACACAUAGAGAUCUUGAGACUGAAGACUUAUCAGAUGCCUCAUUCUUCUUUGUUUUCAUGCUUACUAACACAUGGCUCAAAGAAGCUAUCACAAAAGCCCUUGAUUUUUAUCUUCCAGAACAGUCUAUGUUUGAUAUGUUCAAAGGUCUUCCAAAUGCAUAA